CCGAACCUCGAAGGACCAGGACGCUUUUCUGCACAUGCGCAGGAGGUUCAAUGACAGUCGAACGUUGGCUAAGGCUGCGGGGAAAGGGUCUGGCCAUGCUGCAUGUGACCCGAGGGGUCUGGGGAUCCAGGGUCCGAGUACGGCCCCUGUUGCCCGCGCUCCUCGGCCACCCCCGGGCCCUGUCAUCGCUGGAGGCCAAGAUGGGGGAGUACCGCAAGAUGUGGAACCCCACGGAGCCCCGCGACUGGGCCCAGCAGUACCGCGAGCGGUUCAUCCCGUUCUCCAAAGAGCAGCUGCUCCGCCUCCUGAUAAAGGAGUUCCAUUCCAGUCCUGCAGAGAAGGCGGCUUUGGAGGACUUCGUGACCCACGUGAACUUUUGCACCUUGUUCCACUACCAUCACAUCCUGGCCCAGCUGCAGGUGAGGACAGGGUCCCUCUGGCCCUCUCCUCUUUGCUUCGACGAGGGGCAACAUCGGCCCCUCUGUGCCAGGCUCAUCAACUCCUUCCUGCAGAACCAAGGAGCAGCUGCCACCAGCCCCAUUUGCAGAAGCAGAAACUGUAGCUCCAAGAGGGCCCAGAUGUGCCCAAG